AUGUACUCUGCUCCGACGUUAUCUUCAUCCGGAAGCUCCCUCUUAUGGCGGAACCGUACUACACCUCCACCUCCGCCUUCGUUCAAAGCUUUCUCUUUUCCCUUCUCUUCCAGUUUAGGGUUUAUCCACAGAACAUCAAUUUCCCAUCUUUCUCGUUCCGCUCAAAUUUCCUCCCUGGCGCAGACCCAGCCUGCCCCUGAAUUCAAUCGUCAACCGCUUGAGCUGCCAGAGUCAGUGGUUCCAGAAGCUUUUAGAGAAUGGGAAGUGAAAGUGUUCGAUUGGCAGACUCAGUGUCCCACUCUUGCUCAACCGGAAGACGCACAUUCUUUCCGUUACAAGUCCAUCAAACUCCUCCCCACCGUUGGUUGUGAAGCUGAUGCAGCUACUCGUUACUCCAUCGGCGAAAGGAGCAUCAAAACGUCGCCGUUUCCGUUAGCAUUCUCUUAUUCCGUUAACGGCUCCUAUGUCGCCGUCUGGCCUCUUGGGGAGAACAUUUUGGAGUUGGAGCAUUGCUUGUUCAACCCAAACGACAAGGAGUCUCGUGUCAGGAUUUUCCAGGUUUUACGCUUGGAAGAGAGUAAAAUGUUGCUGCAGAGUGUUAAAGUUUUCUGUGAGCUUUGGGACGGUCCGUUCAGAGAUGGAGAUCAGCUCGGAGGCUGUGCCAUACGUAGCUCUGGUUUUGCUUCUACACCUACCACUCCAGCUUCGGUUGUAGCCGGUUCUUGGAGAGCUCUUCUUGCUACCACCACUACCUCUAAUGCUCAGGCUUGUGUUCAACAAGUUACUGGAGAGAAAGUGAUUGAUAUUGUGCGAGAAGAGAAAGAUCUUUUACUGCUUCCGAAAGAUCUGUGGUGUGAGCUACAACAAGGCAAAGACGGAGAAAGAGCUUUUUCUAUAGGAUGGUUGUUUGAGCCAGGCCAUGCUGUCACAUCCUCAUGUGUCUUCUCCAGUGCCUCUAAGCUAAAGGAGGUAACAAUGGCAAGAGAGACUGCUCAAUCACAUGUAUAA